AUGCAGACGCUGAAGCGCCGGCGCGUGGAGCACGCCCUGGGGCCCAGGGGGCGGGACGCAAAAAUGCCCACGUCGCUGAUGUACGCGCGGGACAGCCAGACCGCAGCCGAACGCAGGCGGCUGCUCGUCGAGGCCACGAAGGGGGAGUUCUUUCCGCGCCACCUGACGCUGCUGCGCGAGAAGGAGUUCCCGCUGGAGGAGUGGCCUUCGCGGCGGUGCCCACCCUCGCAGGUGUGGCUCUCGCACAGCGAGCUGCUGGUGGGCACCAAGUGCAACAGCCUGCUGCGGCUGGACCCGGAGCGCGCCACCGCCACGAGCGUGCCCCUUCCGCAGGUGGAGGCCCGCCACAGCGGCGCCGGCGACCGCCUGAGCUGUGGCAUCCAUGCCAUCGCCAUCAACCCCUCCCACACGAUGCUGGCCACGGGUGGCGCGGAGCCCGAGGACUGCGCCGUCCUGGGCCUGCCCAAUUUUGAGCACUUGCAGACGAUGCGGGGAGCUGGAAGGGGAUCUCGCUGCCUAGGAUCAUCAUGUCUCUUGAUUGAGAUCUGUUUUGGGACUCCAGGGGCAUGA